AUGAUUGCUAAAAUUCUAGUAGUUGCUUGUCUCGCCAUUUGCGCUCAUGCAGGGGCAGUUUCAUACAUAUCAGGAGGACUUGGACUUGGUGGACAUGGAAUCGGAAUUGGAGGAGGGCUUGGUGGACUUGGUAGUCACGGACUGGGUGGUGGUAUUGGUCUAGGGGGUCAUGCAAUUGCUCUUGGUGGUCAUGCAAUUGCUGCUCCCAUUGCCGUUGCCAAACAAACUGUCGUAGACUAUUCCGCUCCUGCUCACUACGAAUUCAAAUAUGGCGUGGAAGAUCCUCAUACCGGCGACAAAAAACAACAAUCAGAAACUAGAGUAGGAGAUUCAGUCAAAGGGGAGUACUCUCUCGCUGAACCUGAUGGUACCGUCAGAGUUGUAAAAUACACUGCAGAUCCCCAUAACGGUUUCAAUGCUGUUGUAAGCAGAGUAGGUCACGCUGCUCAUCCUCAGAUCGUUUCUAAAGCCGUGAUUGGUUAUGGACACGGUGGUUAUGAACAUGGAUACUAGUAGAAUAGUUUUACUUUUCACUUGAACUGCUGCCAAUGUACCUAUCACCUCUGCCAUAAUACUUCCCAUUAUUUCAUUCACUUGUUUCGUUAUCAUUGUUGCUCGUUUCGCUCCACAUUCUUGUUGUCUAGAUAAGUUAUAUUUUUAUUUUCGAUUAGCAAUAAAUGUUAAUAUAACUA